CGCCGCCUGUCUGUCUGCUCUACCACAUACAUACAGAGAUCACGCACCGCACAGACACCAAUCCAUUCACUCAGCCCACCGCAGCGCCCGCAGUUCUCUCCCCGUCUUGCAUGUCUCCAGCCCGGCCACCCCUGUCACUCUCUUGGCCGCUCUGACCAUCUUUCCCCCUUUCCGAUGCCGGUCGGUCUUUCUUCUCGUCGUCAUAGUAGUGCGACGGGAACUCGCCGUCAAGUGGGGCCGCUGGCCGGUCGUCAGAAUCGCCACUCUCUGGCAAUCGCCCCCGCAGCCUUUUGCCAUACCUCUUGUCCCCGCCUAGCAGCCCCGGCUGCCACCCCUGCUUGGUGGGGUCGUCGGCAUAGAGCAUGGCAGUCUCCUCAGGGCAGGCGUCGGGGACGAUGAGCUCCUCGCCCGGCUCGAGCGUGACGAAGGCCUCAGGCUCCACUUGAUGCUUCUCGAGGGCAAUCUGCAGGUCCCUCCGCGCCUGGCCGAAUUCCUCAGCGGCGAGAGGGAAGCAGUCGAAGUGAAUGGCCACACUUUGACGCGAUCCCAGGUCCAGAUGAGCCUGCACACAUGACAUGACAUACAGCACACGAAGAGAUGUGCCCAUCCAUCUAUCUGUAGGUCUGCACUGCGCUAUGCUAUGCUGACCCGUACGGCUUCUUCCGGGUUCAUGUGGAGUGUCUUCAUGAACCAUCGUGGCUCGUAGCUGCCGAUGGGCAACAGAGCCAAGUCCACUCCGUCGUCUCCCCACUCCUCCAGGAGCGCCCGCGCUUCUUUGAAGUGCGGACCGUAGGCCGUGUCGCCGGCAAAGUAGAUCGUGUGCGACGGCGUGCGCACCAGGAAGGACCCCCACAACGUCCAAUUCGCAUCCAACAGAUACCUGCAUCGCAUCCAUCGAUCCAUCAUCAACACGGCUGGCUGCUUCUGCGCACAUACAUCCACUGACUGCCUCGGUUUGCUUGCUUACCUUCCGGACCAGUGCUGUGCAGGAAGGAAUGUGACGUCGAUGGAGUCGAAGCGGAUGGUGUCGUACCACUUCAUUGUCUGCACGUCGCGAAUGCGAUCCAUAUCCUUGCCGAACAGCAUCGGCAGGAAAUACCAUAUCGGAUUGAGGUGGUGCGUCAUCCCUGCAGCCACACAGACCCUGAGUGCGUGUGCGUGAGUGGGUCUGCAUGUGUGUGUGAUUGGCGUACCUGUGCCCGUGUAUACGACGGAUCUGUCCCUCAUGUGAAAGUUGGUGAUGGUCUCGGUGUCGAAGUGGUCCCAGUGGUCGUGUGACAGCAGGAUCAGGUGCACCUGUGGCAUGUCGUCAUACUUGACGCCUGGCUCGUGCACACGCUCAGCUGAAUACCCACAAAACACACAGAUGAUAGAUCCAUCCAUCCAUCCGUUGGAACAUCCAUCCAUCAGUCUGGCUAUGACGGCCACCCCCUCUUCUCUGCCUCCUUACAUCCCAGCACCCCUCCCGGCCCAGCAUUCCUUGAGAAGUGGGGAUCCGUCACGAUGUUGAGCGAAUGGCUCUGCAGCAGCACUGUCGAGUGCCCCACAAACGUCACUCUCAGAUCUCCCGUUUCCUCGGUCAGCACAGGGGGAGGGAACUUGGUGGUGUUGACUUGACUUGGCCACGGCUUCGGUGGGAACUUGUCAGGACUCGCGACGAACCGGAGGAUGUCGAGCCACCGCGGGUGGCCGGGGCUGUGGAGGUUCUGGUUGGGCUUCAGGAUGCGGUUGUACGCCUGCACGCUCGAUGUCAGCAGGCGGGAGCUGGCGGAGCUCAGCCGCGAUACCACGCCGUCCAUGGCAGUCUGCAUGAUCGAUCGGCGGCCAGAUCGAUGAGUGCUACGGGAGAUAUCUAGAGCAGCACAGUAGCCUUUUCAGCGGAG